AUGGCACUCACGGACAAGUGGAGAACAGAGUGGGACAGGGAGCUUCGCCUGCUCCCCCAAGUCGAAUCCAUUGCCGACCACGACCUGCAGAUAACCGAAGAUAUAUUUUUCAUAUGGCAGUUCUUAAAGAUGUACCACACCUCCAUGCCUCACGUUCGGAACCUCAUCGAUUUUAUAACAACUAAGAAACCGGAGUCGCUCAUAUGGGGCGAACACAUCGACGACUACAUGUUCAGGGGAAUAGACAAAGGGCAGAAAUUAUUUAAUUUGUUAGUUUCGGAUGGUAAAAGAAUACAGCCCAGAUAUUCCAAGAAGAAAUUAUGCGAUACGUUGCUGUACUUUCGCCUUAAGAAUUACAUCAUCUUGGAGAAAAUAAAUACUGGGUCCGUUGGACAGGUUCACUUAGCCUUGGACAAAAGCACAGAUACCCUCGUCGCGGCCAAGGCCAUAGACAAAUCCACCGUGCAAGGCGAUGAAGAGCUCUUCCAAAAGCUGAAGGAGGAGAUCAGCAUUUCUUGCAGAAUGAACCACCCGUGUGUUGUAAAAACAACCAACGUCCUUGAAACGAGGGAUAAAAUUAUUCAAAUUAUGGAGUACUGUGAUGGAGGGGACCUCAUAUCCUACGUCAGAAAUAAGCUCCACCUGGAGGAACUCAGCGCGCAGUACUUCUUCCGAAAAAUCGUCCAAGGGCUGCAGUACAUGCACCGAAACAACGUAUCUCACAGGGACCUAAAACCAGAAAAUAUCUUCCUAUGCAAAAGACAACUAAGUCAAAGAGAAAAGACGUUAAUACGAAUAGGGAAGCUACCCUCAUGCUCCGAAUAUGAAUUGAAGAUAGGGGACUUUGGAGCCUGCUGUGUUAAUGAAAAAAAUAAAUUACAUCACGACAUAGUGGGGACCUUAAGUUAUGCUGCACCGGAGGUCUUAGGGUGUAACACCACCUGUGGUUAUAGCAGUCAAAAGGCAGACGUUUGGAGUCUGGGGAUUAUCCUCUAUGCCAUGUUAUUCGGUUUACUCCCCUUUGACAACGAAGGGAAAAAUCUUAAAGACGCGUACAACGCGAUUAUAAAAAAUAAAAUCGUCUACCCCAAACAUAGGAUCAAUAAAAUUUCUAUGAAUGCUCGAAAUUUGCUCUCUGGCAUGCUCACCAUAAAUCCAGAUAAUCGCCUAUCCCUGGAUGAAGUAGUGAACCAUGAAUGGCUAGCUGAUACGGGGAAAACCAAGUUGGAAGUAUCUCACGUGCAUAAGAAAAUGAAUUUCCCCAUUUCAUCCACCGUCGCUUGUCCAGUUGGCAGCGGUAAAAACGACAUGGACUUUGAGACGUUUAAAAAAUUGUUUCUAAUCAAGAGGGAAAAUGGUCCUUCCGUUACAAAUAUUCGCGUCCCGGGGGUGGUGGCCAGCAAAAACGGGAUGCUAAUAAACAUGGUUCCUGGCGGUGUGCAAAACGUUGUGUCUGGUAGGGGGUCUCACGGGAUUCCAUGUGCCGCUCCUUUUGGAGCCCCCUACGGUAAACCAUACGAAAGUGCAACCCUGAAGGAGAACGACCAGGUUGGCGCCUCUCCACGUAGUGGUAACGAGAAGGGUCAAGCGUGUCAUCUUCGAGGAAGCAAUUCGCUCGUGCAGAGGAGCGAUCCCCACCACUUGAGGCAAAACCAAAACUUGAAUCAAAACCAUGGCCAGUUUUACCUGUACGAUGACAAAGGAGUUUUGAACACUCAUGUGAAUAACCCAAAUGGGGGACAGCACAACGUGGAGAAUCCCGUCUACGCAGACGCCCCACUUGCGCAGAAAGAAAAGCAAGGGAAAAUAUUAGAUAACUAUGCCUUAAACCAGAAAUGUGAAGAGGAAGGAAACGUCCUCAUGGGAACAAAGAAAAAACAGACAAAUGAUGGUAACAAUAAAAUAAAUGUGUGCACACAGAAGGGAAUAACAAAUCAUCGAAGAGAUCAUCAGAAUAACUACUACGUGGAGAAAACAUAUUUCAAAAAUAAUAUUCUGGACAAUACGUACUUGGAUGGAAAGAGUAACAAUCACAGCAGUAGCGUCAACUACUAUGAUGGUAAGAAACACCCGUUAGAGUAUGUAGAAGAAAAUAAACUUAAGGUGACGGACCAAGUGAACAAGAACCCCCAUGUGAACCCCCAUCUGUUUGCAAAGACAAACAACACAUACGAUUUGUACUUCAAUAAAAACGACCUCUACAGAAAUCAAAGUAACAAUAUAUUUCUUCUACCAUGUAAAGAUAACCUGAUGGGGAAGAAUAAUUUGUAUAGUAAUUUGUAUAGCAAUUUGUACCUGUUUAAGGGAGGAAACGAUUUUAACGUAACCACCAGUGGGAGAUCUACUCUGUUAAGGCAUUACGACCAGGGUAAGCUUACCACAAAUAGGGAAUACGACACCGGUUGGAAGUUCAAAUAUGCUUCCAACGCGAGUGACGGACGAGAGUCCACUAACACCAUCACCUCGAGCUGCACAAACGUCUCUCCCAAUCAUAACAACGCAGCAGCGAUCGAGAAAAUGAACGCCUCACCGGGUGACGCAUUAUUUUAUGAAAAUCCUAAUUACAACAACCAUCCUGUACGGUACAAAUAUUAUUACUAUGAUGAUAAGGGGACCUAUGUAGGGUGUUUAAGCAACCAAACCAGUGGACGUACUUGCGCCUCUUCCUGUGUGUUGCUUGAAAAUCAAGUCAACUAUGCAGCCAAUAAUGGGGAAUACACGAAGGAAUGGACAUAUAAAAGGGGAGUCUCCGAAUAUGUCGAAACGGGAACUGCCAGUAAUUAUAGUAAUAAUAACAAUGCAUCCUCAUCUGACCGUAAGAGGGAAGACCUUUUUGUUAAACACCCAGAGGGGGAAGGUCACACAAAGUUGGCUAGCUACGAAUGGGGUAAAGACGCUGCAGGUGCUCUUUUCGUCACUUCUGAGAAUAGGGGUAUUGUGAUGGAAAAACAGACGGGGGGAGCAAGCAAACAGAGGAAUGAUCUGACCAGUGCGAAUGGGCAUCCACGUAUUGUGCAGCAAGUGGGAAGAUCCACACAGGUGGGUGGCCAAAUGGGUGAGCACGCCAAUAGGGGAAUAACCGAGAUUAACCCCAUGAGGGACACCCUCCUCACCGACGGAAGCAUCACAUCUAAGGUGAGCACACCCACGAAGAACGACGCAGAACUGCAAUUACGUCCCACCAACUACAAAGGGAAAGACACCUGUAUUAUUCUCAAAAAGGAAGGAAUAACCCACAGUGCAAAUAAACACUCCUCCCUUAUCAAAUCCCAACACGCAACAAAAAUUGUCACUAUUGGUGAAUCUACCUGCGAUCAAAUGGAUUUGGCGUGCAUGCAAAUAAACGAACUGAAGGGCAACCCGAAGGAGAGUCACCAAAAGGAAAACAAAUUUACCCUCAACCUGUUAGUCCAAAAGGGCAGAAUUAAGGAAUGCACAAAAAUGGAUAGAACAGAAGAGAAAAACAUUUCACGAAAUGAUUACACUGAUGAGCAGUCCAACAAAUGGAACACGCACAGUGGGGAGAAAGAUGACAGGGUAGAAUUCCUUCCCAGUGGGGGUGCCCCAGCGGAAACUUGCACUUCCAACACGCAGAAGAACAAAUUGAAUAAUAACACCCAUGAAGAAGUAAAUGAUGCCAUCCAACGAGAUGAGGGGAAAACAGAAAAGGACAAUCAAAGAGAAACUCACAAAGGGGAUAAUAAUUCCCCAGAGAAAAUUGCUUCACCCCUGCCAGUAAAGGAUGAAAAUAAAAAUGUAACUAGCGAAGAAGGGAGUAACACACCAGGGAAAGAACACACCGAAGGAGAGUGUAAGGACACCCCCCAACAAAGCUACAGCGAUGGAAGUGAAACGAAGACGAAGAAAAAAAAAAAAAAAAAAAUUUUCAGCAUCAAUAAUCCAAGUAAAGAAAUCCAACGACGCCAAUCCAAAAGUGACCCAAGUGGUGACGACAAACAGGUAAACCAGGUGGACAAAAAAAAAUAUAUAACUAACAGUAGCAGAAACAACAACCGUAGCUGCAAUUAUGGACAGAAACAUUCAUGUGAAGAGAACUAUAACAGUGGCACAAGGAGCAACCACAACGGCACUGACACUGCAGUGGUGGCUGCGCGCAAAAGUUCGAGUAAUAAUGAGGGGGAAAAAAACAAAGUGGACAAGCGAAGAGAAAGGGUAAUUGAAAGUGCUAUAGAAAAAUAUGACAUGCCUAAAUUAUCCAAACGUGACAGUCAUGUAAAAGAAAAAACAGAUGCGGCAGAAUUCAGAUGCUACCCUAGAACAGAGAAAACGUGUGGCCACCUGGAGGGGGAAAAAAAGUUAUGCAAAAACGAGGAAGGAAAUAAACAAAGGGAAAACACAACAUUUAAUGAAGAACAGAUAGAUGGAAAGAACAAAUUUUUGCUACUAAAAAAAUUGUACUAUUCGAACGAUAGGGAUUUGCAUGUACUGCCCAACAGGGAGAACCAACAUGACAAAAAACGCUACAUCAAUUUUGAGAAAAUAUUUCCCCACAGGAAAAGGAAGACGAAUACAACCCACAUUCCCCCUUUAAGUUACUACAAUAAAAGUAACUUAUGUUUCAGUAAAAGGGUGAAAAAAGACAGAAAGGAACGAGGAGAAGAAAACGAAGACGUCGUAAAGAACCAAGUGGACGUAAGCCACAGAGCACAUAACCGCAAAAGUAAAAAUGACAUAACAAAUAUCCGCCACUUCAGUGAAUGGUACUACACGAACGGAUGCAACCAGCAUGAAUUAACCACGAAGGGGAAUUGUCCAUCCAAGGAGGGUGUUCCAAUUUAUGAUAAAGUUGCAACAUAUGAUGAAGUGGCACCAUAUGAUGAAGAACGGGUAAGUGACAAGGAAUGUGUUUAUUUUUCCUCCAACAAAAUUGAGUACAUCAAAUGUGCCACUAGGAAUAGCAUUAACCAGGAUAGCCACCAGACAUACGGUGCCCAUUAUUACAACCAUAUGAUAAGCGAAACGAACAGGGGGGUAUCCAACCCGGUUAGUGAUGCACAUGUGGUUAGCGCUGACAAAUGCAGUACUAAGUGCAGUGACAAAAGGCACAUAAUUUGGUGCACCAAAGAGGAGAGUCAAAAUUAUAUGAGCAAAAAUGAAAAGGGAAUAAGCUACCCUACUGUUGGAUUCAACACCAAUGUAGAGAAAUGCUCUCUUCCACAUGAACCAUUUUUAUUUAACGGAAGUGGAAAUGGAAAUGUCAUACCUUGGAAGAAUAACUUGCCUAACCAAAUGGGUUCCUCCCAUCUGUCUUCAAGUUGUCCUUCCGAAGUGAAACCUACCCUUAGCCUUGCCAGUUACUAUAACGAAAAGGGGGUAAACGACAUGGGUGAGGUGGAAUUCACAAGUAAGGACACAGAGAAAGCAACUGAAUGGGGGGAGAAGCCUAUGCAACCAGGGCACAAUUUGAACGCGAUCCUUGACAGGAACUGCGAAAAGAGCUCCACAUACAAUAGGGGUGAUAUCGAAAGUGGUAGAUGCAUCCCAAAUUUGGAAGGCCACAUAUUUCAGCACUCCCCGAUUGACCAGUCGAUCAAAGUGAAUGAAACUGAAGAUAACGAAGAGGCGCGCACGGAAAGAUCCCCUUCUAGUGCAGAGAACAGUGGGGAGGGAUAUUCCCCCGAGGAAGUAGGAUCCGCCAACGUCAGUACCAGCAACGACAGUAAUGGAAUAACCACCAAGCCAGAAGAGUUAAGCGGCGUCCCCACAUCCGACGCCACAAACAACCCAUACAUUGGGAACAAUGCAAUUAAGAGGGGAAACUACACCUCCUUGUAUGACGACGUGAAGAAAUCCUAUUCGAUCAUCCAAAAUGUAAGCUAUAAGCAUGAACUAACGAAAGAAAAAAUGAAAAAUAAAAACGGGGAAAGGAUCAUAACACGAUGGGAUGCAAAGGAGCAGAUCUGGGAGAAUGGAGGAAGCGAACAGGCUGUGCAGAUUCACGUAAAAGGAGCGUCCCCAACGGAACACCCUACCCCCAAGGAGUGCACCAACAUAAAGGAUCCGGCUAAAAGCACAACUAUGAAAAUGUCGCAAAAUCAUAACCGCCCAAUGAGUAGGAAGAAGGAACGUUCAGGGGAAGACGAUCAGGACAAAAGUGCAAAAUGUGCGGGAAUGGAAUUCACCCCCCUUACACUUAAGAAGGACAACAUUUGGAAAAAUUCGCCAAGCAAUCCUGAAAAUUGUUACGGGGUGGAAUUCCCUACAGAGUUUAAUGGAGACCUGUCUGAGGGAAGCCUGGACAGAGAUAAAUCUCAAACACAUGACAGUAGCGCCAAUCGGAAGGAUACCCACUUGUUAGUUAAGGAUGAGGGAAAAGACCCACACCUGGAUACUCAACACAUCUACAUGAUGAAUGCAAAUUUGAAAAAGCAAAAACCACAAGGUGAGAAAGAAAAACAUGAAAGGUACCAAAAAGGGAGUGUGCAUAAUGGACCCACCAGGUGGGAAGACCCCCCACAUGAACUCACAUCGAGUAGGACAAACGAAGAGGUAACUAAAAAUAAAAAAGAGACAACCCUUAAGGAAAGCACAACUGAGGGAAGUAAACACUUGGCAAGUUGUAACAUCUGGAACGUAGAGAAAAAUGGCACCAUUCAUUCGAAGCAGCAACAGGAAGAUUAUCUAACCCAUAAUAGAAGCUACGAUUUGAAAAGUGCACGAAGUAAUUUAUUCAGUAUGUCCUAUGAUGAAAAUGUACGAAAGGAUUACACACAUGGAAAUAUACUAGUGAACCCUGAAGAUAUAUCAUCUAUCCAUAAUUUAAAAUCUUGUGAAAAUGAUGAAAAGAACAAAAUGCUGUACUACUACAAUUUGGACACCACGCAAGCCAACUUGGAUUUUCUCAAUAAUCUCAUGUUCUACUCAUCGCAUAUUAAUCCAUAUAGGCAUUACAAAAAUAGGUACCUUACAAAGAAAAGCUCCCUCACUGGGGGGGUUAACCUAACCAACUCGAAACAGAAUAGCGGUAAUAACAGGACUGAGAAAAGGAGGGACCACCAAAAUGAACCUCUUCCAGUGGACCACAAUUUGAGGAACUACCUCAAUUUAAACAAGACAUCCAUUCAGAACUUGGCAAAAAUGAAAAGAAAUUACAUCCGUGAACAGAACUAUGAGAACAAAUUCGGAACAAAAAUGGACGACCAGAGGGAAGCAAAUACGUUCUACCCAAAGCUAAGGUGGAUGAACAUUUUUAGCAGAAAUUCAAGCAAGUACUAG